GUUUAUGCAAGUCCAAGCUGUGUACUGUGUUUGAAAUGGGACCUUUAGACUCAUAUUUCACUUCAUUGCUUUAAUCUGAGACCCUUUUUUUGUAAAGAAUAUAGUGAAUUAAUACACCAAACAAGCCUGGCUCUCUGUUCACCGAUUUAUUUUUGUUGACACGCAUGAAUAUAACUAUCACGAAUCUGUGUGGAACCAUGAAGUUCUCAGUGUUUGCUAGGAGAGUUUAUUCAUAGACGGAAACUGAAACAACACACGGUCCAUUAAUACACGUCAAGCUUCCUGGAGGCGAAAAUGGUGGUUUGUCUCGACAAGCAAAGUCGAAAGUCUCCACAUUUAGGUUUGAACAGAAGACCAUAUACUGCUGUUUAGACUAGCCUUACUCAUGCAUUUUAUUUACAGACACUGCUCAAAUGUAUCGGUUCGAGAUACAUAAGAUCUUGUCUGGAGACAUAUUUGUAUAUGGCUAGUCCCCUGGACGGCUAGUCUUCUUUUUGUCGGCAAGCAGCUUGCACCAGAUAACCGGACAUCCCUCAGUCUGAACCUAGAUAAGUGGAUUUAUUGCGAGGUAUCCUUACAUCCUGAGACAAUAUGGGGAACUGUUGCACGAAAUUCUGUGGACAAAAAAACCCGUGUGACCAUACGGAGGAUGAGACGAAGGGCUUGUUGCACAGCUCUGAGUCAAAGACAUCAACCAAGGCAGAAACAGAACCUUGCACCAGUCCCAUCUCAGACGAAGAGAAAGGGAAUGAGGAAGAAACUAAACCGGAGCUGGAUGAAUCGGUUACGAUUACCAAGCAGCCUGUGGUGGCUGUAACUCUUAAAGCACAAAGUUGUUACUCUUCGCAGAUAGUUGUCUUACAAACUGAACAUUCUCAGUCAUCUGAAGGUCAUCCGAAUGCUUCGGUCGAAACGACAGAAGCACCUGGAGAAGCCGAAUGCUUAGCUAAAGAAACAAAGACUGAAGCUGGGCAAGAAAUCCCAAAUACUGCAGCUGAAGCCUCAGCGGAUGCACCUGCGCAGGCCGUUGUCUCGCAAGCAAAAAUGGAACCGGAGGGUCAGCCUGAGUCGCCUGAAAGAGAAGACAACGCACCUGCGGGUGUUUCUGCAACAAGUCCGGACUCAACACCUGCACCUGUUAAAGAGGCACCUGCCGCGGAAACACCUGUUGAGGAGGCGACCUUGCUUGCUCAAACAGAAGCCGAGAAAUCUCCUGAGUUAAAAGCACAUGUUACAGAUGAGAAGAACACACUUCAAACAGUGGAACAACCUUUGAGUGACAUCACUGAUGUGAAACAUGAAGAUGUGCAGAACGCAGGAGACGUUUCUGUGACAAACAGCAGCACACGACCUGACUCGCUCACUUCAGGUCAGUCGAAUGAUUUGGAUGCUAUUGAGAAAAGCUUUACUACAGUGACUAGUGAAGACAUCCCCAUAGAAUCAGCAGCUAUAGUGAAGAAACCUUCAGAAGAAGCCCGUUCUGAAAUGGACAAAGUUCUGCAGGAAUCCUCUGAAGGUUCUGAAACUCAGGAAUAUAUAGAGCAAGUUUCUUCUCCUGUAGUGGAUGUUACUAAUGGACUCUCUCCUGAUGUUGAGAACGGUCUCGUGAAGGAGUCUGGCAACCUCGGCAAUGAGAACGAAACGCAUGCGGAUGUCACAGUGGUGGAAGAGGUGCCUCAAAAAGAGGACGCAGUCCAGAAACCCAAUGAUGAACCAGGAGAUAUUGAGAGUGAAGAUCUGCUUUAUAAACCAUCUACAAAUACUGACAGCACUAUUGAGGUGGAUGUACCUGAAGUUAUGAACUCGGUCAAAAACAAAGAGAAGAACGAAAAGAUUGCACAGCAGGUUCAAGAGGCCGCAGAACCCACUCAAAAUGGCCUGAACUCCACAAGUGCCUCAGAGGCAUCCACUCCAGUUGAGAAGACCAUAUCCUUUGAGCAAAAAAGCGAGUCUGUAGCGGUUGAAGCCCCUGAGGUCAAAGGUGAAGUUAUUGCACUGAAGGAGGAGAUAUCACCAGAGCCACACGAUGGUAAAGAGCCUGAACCUCAGCAAAGAGAAGAAGAAACGGAAAAGCAGGAGGUGGACAUAGAGAAGCAGGAUCAGGAAAAGCAAGAAAGGGAAAAGCAAGAACGGGAAGAGGAACAGAAGGAAGAUGAAAAGCAGAAAGAGCAAGCUAAUGUUGCCGAAGAAAAAGAAGGUGCAGAAAACACUGAGACGCAGAAAGCAGAGAUCCUCUUCAGCAGUGAGAAAGUGGAGGUUCGAUUGAUACCUGUGACCUCGGAGGGGAGCGUGGAUGAUGUGCACAAGUUGGAUGAAAGUGCAGACCUGUAUCUGGGAGAGGAGGAAACUGAAUUGGGAGCCAGUAAAGACAAGCCAUCCAAAGCAGUGCUGGAGCUCACAAUUCCUGGUGUUGAAAGCAGAUGUAGUUUAGGUCCAGCAGUGGAUAUAUUGGCCUACAGUGAGAGAGAAUGGAAGGGCAACACGGCCAAAAGCACUCUGAUCAGGAAGGGCUAUACUGAGAUGUCCCGUAGCUUCAACGCUCUGAAGCAGGUGAGAGGUGAUAACUACUGUGCCCUACGAGCCACGCUGUACCAGGUGCUGGCAACCAGCACAAAAACGCCCACCUGGCUGCAGGAUGAAGACUUCUUGUCGUUGCCAGAUAUCAUUGAAGCUCAGAAGCAUCUGAUUGGUGGAUGGGUGUUUCCCCCAGUAUGCACAUGGGGAAGCGAAAAGAAUUCUGUUGAGAGGCUGAAACAUUAUCUGGACCUCCUGAAGAAAAAAUGGGAGGCAGCAGCAGCCUGUGAGAGUCCGGAGGAGAGGCAGAGUGUGUGCGAUCGUGUGUUUCAGGGUGGAGAGGAAGAAUAUGGUCUUCUGGAAGCGCUGAAGUUUCUGAUGCUGGCCAAAGCCAUCGAGCUUCACGGCAACAUGACGGAGGAUCAAGAAGUGCCUGUGUUCUGCUGGCUCCUUUUCGCCCGCGACACGUCAGAAAACCCGCAGACCCUCCUUGCCAAUCACUUGAGCCAGAUUGGAUUCACUGGAGGGGUUGAACAGGUAGAGAUGUUUCUAUUGGGCUAUGCCUUACAGCACACCAUCCAAGCCUUUCGUCUGUACAUGACCGAAACGGUCGAGUUCGUCACACAUUACCCGGACGACCACAAGCAGGAGUGGCCCUGCGUGUGCAUUGUAACAGAGGACGACCGCCAUUACAACGUCCCUGUCAGGAGGACUGUACAACACCAGCAAUGAAGCAUCACCGUGACCUAACAACAGAGACCUCGGAGAACACAUCUGAUCUACGGAGCGGCAUGAUUUUUUGUUUGUAUUUGUUUAGUGGAUGAACAGGUUAAUGAAGGGAAUUUACAGCGCUCGUGUUGAAAGCAGAAGUGCUCAGGUUUUUUCACUUCCAAAAGAAUCACACAACUAACACGCUGCCUGUUUGGAAAUACUGUGACGCUGGUUUAGAAAGAAAGACGCUUCUUUAUUUAACCGUGGGGUUUUUUGUUUAUUAUGAACUGUUGGAAAACAGUUGGAAAUGUGACUUUAUCUGUUGUUGCUAAAAAUACUAAAACGUUUACAACAAUUUUAAAGAAUAUUAAUUCAGAAGAAUGUUAGUAUGUUGUAUGCCAAGGGAAUUGAGAUGGUGGUCUUAUGAAGUCCAUUUGAUACGUAUUUAGUCAAAUUUGUAUAAAAUACCUUGUACAAAAUUUCUGAAGAUUGGAGGAAAUCGUUGGUCAUUUCGCUCUUGGAAAAUGCCCUGUUUUAAACAGUAAGAGUUUGUUUUCCGUGAUUUUGAUGUUCACUGCCAUGACAUGUUUUUCUGUGUAGGCUUUGUGAUUAUGAUUUUAAUAUCAAAUCAGGCUCUAUGGAAAUGAGCAUCAACAGCUACGGUAGUUAGACUGUUAUAAAACAAUUAUGUCAUCAUGUUAUACGUUUACAUUGAAGUUCUUAAAUGCUGGAAGUGACUUACGGUAACGUUUACAGGCAGCAGCCUCAGACACCAAGGAGUGUUUUAAAUGUUAACGUUUAGCUCUUUAUGGAGUUAAGCUACAACUACUUGCACAAUAAGCCAGAAUAAAGUCACAGUAUGGCCAUUAUUUGUAUUUGUGCCGUUUUAGUUUUGCUUUUAAUUUUCAUAUUUAUAAGCGACAAAUUUCAACUUUUGUUGCCUAAAACUUGCUUUGUGAUAUAGUAUUGGUUAUGUAAAAUGGACACUAUUCGAGACCUGAAAGACAAGAUCAUUUAUGGAAAUAAAAAUAAAAUAUGACUCA